AUGCUCGUCGCCAUCAUCUCCACCUUCCUAUCGACUCUCGGCCAACAAACCAUUGGCCGCAUAUUUCCUAUCGCUAUCAAUCCUAUCUGGAAUUAUUUCUAUCGACCCUCACGAACAGGGAUGGAUGACGUACCAAAAACCUGGGUCUCGUGCGACAGGCUCCCUCUUCUACCAACGACUGACCGGACUGAGUUUAACCGCGGAAGAUGUAUAGUCUACGGCUAUCCCUCUACUGGCGGGGUUCUUGUCAAAGAGGCUGAUCUUCUUGAUAUGCUCUUCUUAUCACUCCCUCGCUUUGAGAAAUCACAGCGGUCAUCUAGUGCCGACGAAGAAGACAGAUUCUGUAAUCUUUUGCGACGGACUGGUGCUAAGUGGUGGUUAAGUAAAGAGGAUAUGUUAGAGGCGGAGGUAGGCUCGAGGUUUAUGACGGAGGAGGAAGAAAAGAUGCUAGUGUUCGGUUGGCCGACGGAUAACGUGGGCGUGUGGGUGUUAAGAUUUGAGAGUUCCAGGCAACGCCCAAGAGAUUUUGGGAGGAUACAUUUCGCGAUGAACAUGGAGGAGAAGAUAGAAAUUAUGAAAGAGUACGACGCCACGUUUGUUGAAGAUAUCAUGCAGGUGGAGGAACUUCGUGAUUACUGA